GGUCAAAACCUUCUGACCUACGUAGAGUCCCCGCCUUGUCUCCGACAGAGGACAGGUUCAACAUGGCGGCUUCCGUGAGAUGCUUUCUCCGCUCUGGAAAGAAUGCAGUGUCGGCUCUGGGACAGCGGGGGUUUCAUAAGAGCGCUCCGGUCGCUGUACAGAUGAUGGUCCGUGAUGCCUUGAACCAGGCGAUGGACGAGGAGCUGGAGAGGGACGAGCGUGUGUUCCUGCUGGGGGAGGAGGUGGCCCAGUACGACGGAGCCUACAAGGUGAGCAGGGGCUUGUGGAAGAAGUACGGAGACAAACGUAUCAUCGACACUCCGAUCACAGAGAUGGGAUUUGCCGGCAUCGCAGUGGGAGCCGCCUUUGCUGGCCUGAGACCCAUCUGUGAGUUCAUGACCUUUAACUUCUCCAUGCAAGCCAUCGACCAGGUCAUCAACUCUGCAGCGAAGACCUACUACAUGUCAGCCGGUCAGCAGUCGGUGCCCAUCGUCUUCAGAGGACCUAACGGAGCGUCCGCAGGCGUCGCUGCACAGCACUCGCAGUGCUUCGCUGCGUGGUACGCUCACUGUCCAGGUCUGAAGGUCGUGAGUCCCUGGAGCGCCGAAGAUGCCAAAGGUCUCCUGAAAUCAGCCAUCAGAGACGACAACCCUGUGGUGUUCUUGGAGAACGAGCUGAUGUACGGAGUUCCCUUCGAGAUGUCAGAGGAGUCACAGUCUAAAGAUUUCACCAUUCCUAUCGGCAAGGCCAAGGUUGAGAGACAAGGGACUCAUGUCACUCUGGUCACUCACUCUCGGUACGUCAGUUACUGCCUGGAUGCCGCUGUCGUCCUCGCCAAGGAGGGAAUCGAGUGUGAGGUGAUCAACCUGCGGACAAUCCGUCCGAUGGAUGUGGAGAGCAUUGAGACCAGCGUGAUGAAGACCAACCACCUGGUGACGGUGGAGGGCGGCUGGCCUCAGUUUGGGGUUGGAGCUGAGAUCUGCGCCAGGAUCAUGGAAGGUCCUGCCUUCAACUACCUGGACUCUCCGGCCACCAGGGUGACGGGCGUCGACAUCCCCAUGCCGUACGCCAAACUCCUGGAGGACAACUAGCCUGCCGCAGAUCAAAGACAUCAUCUUCUCUGUCAAAAGGACCCUCAAUGUCUGACAGACGCACACAAGACGCACCUUCCUGAAUCCUCUUUGUCUUCUUCACACAGACGGUGGAAACAUUGUCUGGUAAAAUAUUAGAACCAUGUGUAAAUACAGCCAAACGGUUCCUUUUAAAGCGCUCCACAUUGUAAUGUUAUUUUCGCCAGAAGUUGGUCAAUGAAGCGCACAGUUCUUUAUCUGCACCCAGAGCGGCGGACGCACAGGGUUCAGGUCAAGUCGGCGCCUCUGUUAGUCGGUUACACACUUGACCGAACUGUGUGUGGCUCUAGCUGCUCUCUCCACCUCCCCUUCAAAAUAAAAGUUGCUAUAUCCUGUAUGCUUUUCUGUGUUUCUGAGGAGGUUUGUUAACAAAACUGCUGACGUUGUUCCUGCGUGCUCUCAACAUUUAGACUUGCAGACUACUCAGUAGUUUUGUUGUUCUUAAACUCCCAUAUAUUUCUAACCACCAAAACAUUAACUCAGUCUCUUAACUUAAUUCCUUGCACUGACUCGGUUUCGUCUCUACAAAGCAGCGGUCAAGCAGAAUGAACCCGCCGAGUGCUGGAGGUGGAUUGUGGUCAGGAAUAUUUAUUGUAGCUGCAGCAGCUCUGUGGAUGUUUUUGUUGCUGUAAAUGAAUCUGUUACAGAAAUAAAAACCUUUCAGUCCUUCA